CUUCGACUAUUCGAUUAGUCGAUUAAUCCCUAGUAAGGCAUUGUUGAAAUAGAAGAAGCAUAGUUAGGCCAAUAAACAGCAUGCCCAAAGUCAGAAGAUCACGUAAGCCACCGCCGGAUGGCUGGGAAUUGAUAGAGCCAACAUUGGAGGAAUUGGAACAAAAAAUGCGUGAAGCUGAAACGGAGCCACACGAAGGUAAGCGUAUCACAGAAUCCCUAUGGCCAAUUUUUAAAAUCCACCAUCAGAAGUCACGUUACAUAUAUGAUCUGUUCUAUCGCCGCAAGGCCAUAAGUCGUGAACUCUACGACUAUUGUCUUAAGGAGAAAAUUGCCGAUGCUAACUUAAUUGCCAAAUGGAAAAAGUCUGGUUAUGAAAAUCUUUGCUGUCUUCGAUGCAUACAAACGCGUGAUACCAAUUUCGGUACGAAUUGUAUUUGCCGUGUGCCCAAAUCAAAGCUAGAAGAAGGACGUGUGGUGGAAUGUGUUCACUGUGGAUGUAGAGGUUGUUCGGGCUAAAAACAACGGUUUAAACAUCAUGCUGUAAUCGUGAUGACAGUCGUAGUUGAUUAGCAUCUAGUAGUAAAAGUUAAUUUUUCACAAUUCCUUGACAUUUUUACUUUUGUUUUUGAUAUAAUUAAGAUUUUUCUAAUAAUAAAAAAGCAAGAAAUGAUAAAGUA